AUGGCCGGGACGUCCGGAGUUGGCCCUGGCGCAGCGCGCCCGCCGGUGCAGCACGCCCGCUGGGAGAAAUACCGGCGUGGGCAGCUGCCCGGGCACGCCGACGCGAAGCAGCCUGCGGACGCCGCUGCAGCAGCUCUGGUUGCCGACGCCCGCGCGGCUGGCAAGCGCGGCGCAGCUGAUUCCUCGGCGGCGUCGCCUCUCUUCAAGCAGCAGCGCGUCGACGACGGCGCCUCGGGGGCCGCGCAGGCGGCAGCCGCGGCGCCGAUCGUCGAGCGCGAGCAGGGCGCCAAGAGGGAGCUCGUCGGCACAAAGGCGGAGGAGCCUGCUGGGGUCGCCAAGAGGGAGCCGAUCGUCAAGAUCGAGAAGAACGCCAGCACCAAGGAGGAGGAGCCCGCUGGGGUCGUCAAGCGGGAGCCCAGGGAGGGCGCCGUCGCGGCGCUCGCGACGAGCGCCCCGCCAACGUACCGAUGCAGGCGCGCCCAGCCGCCGCGCUCGGCCAGCCGCGCGCCAGAGGAAUUGCAAGUCGCUGCUGCGCCAGGGCCUGCACGGUCCCAGUCCCCGUGCUCGCCGACGCAGAGGUGCGCUGCGUCGCCGGACCCCGUUUUCAAGUACCAGCUGCCAGACAGCGCCACCAGCGGGCCGAGUUCGGAUCCGGACCCCGCCGCGUCCGUCAUCCACGCGGUAACGGCCGCCGAGAGCAUCCAGGACGUGCAGGGCUGCUUGUUCCCAUCCGACCUCUUCGCGGGCUUCCAGACGGAAGCGCAGAUCUACCAGAGCGUGCAGGAGAACCUCCAGGCGAUGCACGAGGACACGAGGACCCACCGCGAGCUCGCGGUCCGCCACGACUUCAUCAUGACGGGCACGUGCCCCACGCCCAUCCUCAAGGCUGCAGAAACCAUCUGCUUGAAACAAGGGAUUCACUUGGAAUCCUUCCUCCUCUGCCUGGACGCGAACGUCACCUGGCUCGAACACCACCGGACACGCUUGGGCUCCGAGUUCCCCCCGGAGAACGACCCGGUGAUCCAGCUGCAGGACGACGUGAUGGACGUCAAGGCCAUCCUCGAGGACAUGGAGAAAGACGAGAAGAAACCGAAGCGCCGAGCGCGCGCCAAGAAGAAGGCUACGCUUGGAGGCGCCCGAUCUGAACCGGACGCCCCCGCCUCGGCGGAGUCGGACGGCUUCGCCCCCGCGGACCCCGGCGCCCCCCCCCCCCGGGCGGCCGCGCCGGCCCCGAGCUUCCAAGACGUGAUGGAGUCGACCCUCCAGCAGGCCUCGCUCGACCAAGACAGCGUGGAUGAGAUCUGCCGCAGAAUGGGAGGGGUGCUCGGGCGCGCAGUCACGGCGGUCGAAAAGAAGAUGGUCAGGGCGGCAUCCCACGAGAUGAUGAGGCAGCUCGAAUGCGAGGAUGAGGCGGAAGAGGCCGUUGCUGCCGUGCCUCUGGAUGCUCCUCUGGGGGUGGUGCAGGAGGUGCACCGCGUGCACUGCAUCUCCCCCAACAAGGCCGUCAUCUGCGGCGGCUCGCCCUCGAGCCGCAAGAGCCGCAGCUGCGAUCUGUCCAAUGACUUCAUCACGAAGUCCGCCUACGCGCCGCCCGACCUUGCCACGGGCGCGGCGUACCUCGCCGAAGCGACGCUCCGGGGCAUCCGCACCUGCUUACUGAAGACGCACCGAGCCUCCAUGACCACGGACGAGCUGAUGAACGCCAUGGUCACGCCGUGGUCCGACGGGAAGGACCAGUCACACUGCGUACCGCGGUCCAGACUCUGCACGUACACCCAGGCCGAAAGGGACGACAUCAUAACAGCCACGGGCCCAGUGCAUCUGCGCUCCUACUCCUUCCAAUUCAAACUCUUCGGCCAGCUGGAGGGCGCGGAGUGGGCCCUGCGGCCUGGACCGCAAGGCUUCUUCAAACGGGUCGCGUUCAGCGUGUCCCCCGAGAACAACCCGUGGGACGACAGAGUGUGCACCAGCAUGUCCAUGGGGCUCAUUCAGGGUUUGCACGACUACAUGUUCCUUGGGCCUUUCAAGCAGCCGCGCUACCUCCACUUGAGCGGCCAGACCCAGACGUUCUUGCGAAUCGUACUGCAGGCUAUCAGAGAUUGGAUCAAGGAGAAGGAGGAGUCCGGCGUCGACGUCAGCAAGUGGCUCAAAAUCAAGCUCGGGUUCGCCUUCUCCGACAUUCUGCGGAACGGGGCCUCCACCAUGCGCCAGGUUCAGUACUUGAUGUCUCUGAGCAAGGCCAGCCAGGGCGCGGCGCCGCGUCACUGCAUAAUCCCAAUGGAAUUUAUGGCGGGCUUGCACAAAUAUUUUCGAGAACUGGAACUUCACGCUGGUUUCUACCGCUACAUCAGGUCCGCGGAAGCGACGCUGCCGCCGCAUGCUCGGGAGAGCGCGCUCUCCGAGGCGUUCGAGCGGGCCCCAGGGCCGCCGCGGGCCGACGUCGGCCUGUCCGACGAGUGCAAGAUGAAGCGGGACCUGAUCCUGGUCGGAAAAGGGCUGGGGGGGGGCUUUAGCUCCACGGAGGUAUACCGCAAGGUGCGCGACCGUUACCGAAACGUCAGUGAGGCCGGAGUGAAGAUGACCGAGGCGGCCGAGGUGAUGGCGCAGAACACCAUCUUGCUGAAGGUGGCCAAGCCGGCCGGGAAGAACACGCGCGGCCCCUCCAAGCAGCAUUACAAGCUCAACACCUGGGAGGACGUAUCUUCCGAGGGCCGCAAGGUGCUCGAGGCUCUGAAGCUAAACCGGGACUCGUUCCUCUGA